AUGCCGAAUAUAACUAUGAACUUCGGUGUUUUGGGCGAACCAGUCGACAAGCGUCAAUAUGGUGGCAACAGACUGAAAUUUAUUGUGCAUUAUGAUCAGACCAUGCAAAGACAUCCGUUAUUUGGUCGAUUCAAGGUUGAAGUUGUUGAGAAAGCCCUUGAUUUCUGGGAGAAAACGCUGAGUGUAAGAAGACCACCAAACAGGAAACUUCUAAUUGAAAGAGGAUGCGUUGAACCAUAUUUCUUCACAGAUGGACGCACAGGAAAGAAGUUCUGCAAACAACAAUGCAAACCUCACGCUAAAUGCUAUGAUCAUAGAGUCCCAGAUAAUUACGCUUCCGGAUGUGCUGUGGGAGGUGGUGGUCAAAAUAUACGAAACGUUUACCAAGACGGACCAGGAUUCGCACCAAAUGAAUUCGUCAUGUUCGUCGAGGCUGCAAAUAAAGGAGCUUGUACUAGUGGGUCAACAUUGGCAUACGCCGGUCCAUGUGAAAUGCAUCCAACAACUGAUAGACCAAUUAUGGGAGCAAUCAACUUCUGUCCAGCAAAAAUGGAAAUUCAGGAACCUGGUAAAACGAUGUUGGUUGGAACAGCUAUUCACGAAAUGGGACAUGCUUUGGGAUUUGUGAAAACGAGUUUCGCUUUAAUGCGUGAUGAGAAUGGCAAUCCAAGAACACCCAGAGAGCCUAAAACUGGCAAACCACGAAUGAAUCAAUUCAGACAGUAUGAACCAAGUGAAAACACUGUCAGACGAAUCAACCGCCCAUGGGUUUCAGCUGUCGGAUCAUUCCACAAACCAUUCUUAUCUUUCGUCACACCACGUCUAUUGGAGGAGGGACGUCGACACUACAACUGUCCAAAUCUCGAUGGAAUUGAUAUAGAGAAUGAAGGUGGUGAAGGAACAAUCGGUACACAUUUUGAAAAGCGGGUUGUCGGUGAUGAAAUCAUGGCAGGUGUCACAGGAGUGAAAGCAGUCACUUCACGACUGACAUUAGCUUUCUACCAAGAUUCUGGUUGGUGGGACGUCGACUACUCACUCUCGGAGAGAUGGGACUACGGAAAAGGCCUUGGCUGUAGCUUCGUCAUGGAAAGCUGUUAUGCGUAUAUGAACAGAAUGAAGCAACAGGGAAGAAGUAUUGAACCGUACUGUGAAGAACCGAGCGCUUUGAUGUGUUAUCACAAGAAAGCCUUCGGCAUAUGUGCAGUUUCCAAGUUCACCAGACAACUGCCUGCACCCGAACAAUAUUUCAGAGGUAUUCCUAACCAAGGAGGCAGCACUACACUUUCGGACCAUUGUCCUAUGAUUCAGCCGAUGAAAACAUUCUUCCAUGAACAAUUGAUGACAUAUUGCGAUCAUCAUUUGAAUAGACAACAUUUGCAAAGAGGAAACAUGUUCGGUCAAGACUUUGGCAAUAAUUCAAUAUGCGUUAAGCACAGAGGACCUUGGGAGGCCAGGAUGAAUGGAAGAGUAACGAGAGAUGGUCGGAUUAAGGCGACUUGCCAUCAGUUCUCAUGUUCUGGAGGCCUGAAAAUAAUUGUUGGUGGUCAACCAUUCCCUUGUCAGUCGGGUGUAGCAAGAAUACAAACCAACCAGGUUACUGGAGAGGCUGUCUGCCCAAAUCCGAAUGAAGUUUGUGGACGUGGCAAGAAAUGAAAACUGGCGGGCACUACAGAGUUGGCCAUUGCUUUCUCAAGUAAUCCAGUCAACUAUUCAACUUGAGGUCGUUAUUACACUGCCUAAUUUGAACUACUGAAUGUAUUCACUGUUUUUCUUAACUUAUGCGCGUCUAAUAAAUAUUCAAUG